AUGGCGUCUAAGAAUGCCGUCUUGCCUCUAUUGAGGCGUGAACUCCGAUCGUCUUCCCGAAUCUCACGAACUACUGCUUCCGUCAUUGCUACCCCAUCCCGACACUCUGCCAGCACCUUCACAACCUCCGGGCGACGUUUAUCUCCGCGAUCAGCGUUAUUCACCACACCGACUCAAACACGAGCCUUUUCGCAAUCGCUGUCAAGGCGCUUCACCGACGAGAAUGGCGAUUUCGAUCCCCGCACCAUAGAGCGGGAGUCCGAUGACGUGGAUGUAUGCAUUGUUGGCGGUGGUCCUGCUGGUCUCGCCGCCGCGAUUCGCUUGAAGCAACUUGCCAACGAAGCAGGCAACGAGGAGUUCCGAGUCAUCCUACUAGAGAAAGCUGGUGAAUUGGGCGCCCACAUUGUCUCAGGAAACGUUUUGCAGCCAACCGCUCUUAAUGAGCUACUUCCGGAUUGGUUGGCUGAGGACAACCCCUCCCGCUUUGAGGGUGCGACUCCUGCCAAGGGCGACAAGAUGCGCUUCUUGACCAAGAAUGGAUCAUACCCCCUCCCCACGCCGCCGCAGAUGCACAACGCGGGUAACUACAUUGUUAGUCUGAAUGAGCUAACUAAGUGGUUGGGAGAACGUGCGGAAGAGGUUGGUGUGGAGGUUUACCCUGGGUUCGCGGCUAGCGAGAUGGUCUACAGCUCAGAUGGCGCAGUCAAGGGCGUUGCCACCAAUGACCUGGGGCUGGGCCGGGAUGGCAAGGCCAAGGAUACUUUCGAGAGGGGUAUGGAGUUUCAUGCGCGUGUCACGCUCCUCGCCGAGGGCUGCCACGGCAGCUUGACCAAGCAGGUGUGCAAGAAAUACGAUCUUCGACGAGACAGCCAGCCUCAGACAUACGGUCUCGGAAUUAAGGAGAUUUGGGAAAUCCAGCCCGAGAAGUUCCGUUCUGGCGAGAUCACCCACUCGAUGGGAUACCCCCUUCCCAAGGAUACGUACGGUGGCGCCUGGAUGUACCACUUCGGUGACAACAUGGUGAGUAUUGGUCUGGUGGUGGGACUGGACUACCCAAACCCGUGGCUCUCGCCCUACGGUGAGUUCCAGAAGAUGAAACACCACCCCAUGUUCAAGGAGGUUCUCGAGGGCGGCAAGUGUAUUUCCUACGGUGCCCGAGCCUUGAACGAAGGCGGUUUCCAAUCGAUUCCCAAGUGCGCAUUCCCCGGCGGUGCUUUGAUUGGUGAUACUGCUGGUUUCUUGAACGUCCCUAAGAUCAAGGGUACCCAUACCGCAAUGAAAUCCGGCAUGCUAGCCGCCGAGGCUGCCUUCUCGGCGCUUCAGAGCAACAACCAGGGAACUGUCUUCUUGUUUGACUACGAGAAGUCCCUGCGGGACUCCUCCAUCUGGAAGGAGCUCAAGGAGGUACGCAACAUCCGGCCUUCCUUCAACACCCCACUGGGCUUCUUCGGUGGACUGCUCUACUCCGGUAUCGAGGCCUACCUAUUUAAGGGUCGCGUACCCUGGACCCUCAACCACCACGGCACCGACGCGGCAGCUACCAAGCCUGCUUCUUCGUACCCCAAGAUCGAAUAUCCCAAGCCCGACGGAGAGAUCAGUUUCGAUAUUUUGACCAGUGUGAGCCGCACUGGCACCAACCACGAGGAAGACCAGCCCGUUCACCUGCAAGUGGAAGACUGGGAUAAGCACACAGACCUCGCAUGGCCUGCGUACAAGGGUGUGGAAAACCGAUUCUGCCCAGCAGGCGUCUAUGAAUAUGUGGAGGACCCCAGCAAGAAGCAUGGAGUCCGGUUCCAGAUCAAUGCGCAAAACUGCAUUCACUGCAAGACUUGUGAUAUCAAGGUGCCAACGCAAGACAUCAACUGGCAGACGCCUCAAGGUGGAGAGGGACCCAAGUACGUGAUGACGUGA